GCUGGCCCAGGGCAGGGCUCCCCCCCUCGGCCUGCAUGCGGCCAUGAGUUGCAAGAGGAGGAGCCCCAGCCUGCGCUUGGCCGACUUGGCCGCUUUGCACGUCGGAGGAGCUGGCGGAGGAGGACCAGGGGGCUUCCCCCACUUGCUCCGGGGGGACCUGGCCUCCGCGGACCCCUUCGGGCCCCAGUCCCUGGCCCAGGCCGCCCCGGAGCCCGCCUAUUCCUCCGGCCGUCGAGGGGAGCAGCAGCCCCAGCAGCAGCAGCAGCAGCAGCAGCCUUCGCCUCUCCCUCCUCCUUCGCCCAUGUUCAUCUCCUCGGCCGGCACCUACGGCGGGGAGCCCCACGGAGGCGCCUUCCCGGGCCUCCCCCACGACCCUCCGACGGGACCGCAGCACCCGCUCAACGGCCAGAUGCGGCUGGGGCUAGCCGUGGCGGCGGCGGCGGCAGCCGCGGCAGAGUUUUACGGCCGCGUGGAGCCCUUCCGAGGGCCCUCCGCCGUCGAGGCCUCCGCCUACGGACCCCCGACGGCCCACGGCUACCCGGUCAACUUGGCGGCGGCGGCGGCCGCUUUGCAGCAACAACAGCACCAACAGAAUUCGCACUCGCAGCCUCCCAGCCACCCGCAGCCUCCCCCCGCCGGCCCUGCCUCCGCCGCCGCCGCGGCCGCCGCCUUCCUCCGGUACAUGCGGCAGCCCAUCAAGCAGGAGCUGAUCUGCAAGUGGCUGGAGGCCCCCUUCGCCUCCCCUCCCUCGGGGGCGCCCCCUCCGCCGCCGCCCUGCUCCCAGACCUACGGCACCAUGCACGAGCUGGUCAACCACGUCACGGUGGAGCACGUCGGGGGCCCCGAGCAGAGCAGCCACGUCUGCUUCUGGCAGGAGUGCCCCCGGCAGGGCAAGCCCUUCAAGGCCAAGUACAAACUCAUCAACCACAUCCGCGUCCACACCGGAGAGAAGCCCUUCCCCUGCCCCUUCCCCGGCUGCGGCAAGGUCUUCGCCCGCUCCGAGAACCUCAAGAUCCACAAAAGGACCCACACAGGGGAGAAGCCUUUCAAAUGUGAGUUUGAUGGCUGCGACAGGAAGUUUGCCAACAGCAGUGACAGGAAGAAGCACUCCCACGUCCACACCAGCGACAAGCCAUACUUCUGCAAGGUCAGGGGCUGCGACAAGUCCUACACGCACCCAAGUUCUUUGCGCAAGCACAUGAAGAUCCACUGCAAGUCCCCUCCGCCUUCUCCCACCCACCGAGGACCUCAUGGCUACCAUCCUUCGGGGACAUCCCUCCGCGACCCACUCUCCCCAAUCCAGGACUCUGGCAGGGCUGGCCGUCCUGCCAACCUUUCUCCUCAGGUCACCAACCUCAAUGAGUGGUAUGUCUGCCAGGCAAGUGGAGCAGUACCCAACCACCUUCACACGCCAUCCAGCAAUGCCACCUCUUCGGAGGAGGAAGAGGAAGAGGAGGAGGAGGAGGAGGAGGAGGAGGAGGAGGAGGAAGAGACUUACAGGAACUCUGAAGCCAGGACUGUUCACUAGAACUAGGAGGGAGGUAGAACCCGCCUUUUUGGAUGGCAAACCCACAGAAGGCCAUCUUGGUUCACGUGGGCUAUUUAUUCAUUAUAUGAAACCCUAUGGUGUUUGUACAUGUAAUUAAUUUAAUUAAGACGUUGGACUUGCCUCUCUUUUUUUUAAAUUUUAUUUUAUUAAAGAAGAAGACUCUUUAGGGAAAUCCCAUGAAGUUGGACUGUAAAAGUGACCCACCCUUUCCGCCCCCAAAUGUAAAGAAGACACCAGAGAGUUGUUCAGUGUGCACUUCUUGAUCUGAAGUUUACGCAUUGCCGACAUGACCACUGAUUGCAAUAGGUUUUCCCCCCCAAAAUAAAUCUAGGAAUAUGGUGUUUUUUAUUGGUUUUCAAAAACGUUUCAAACAAAUAUACAUAUAAGUCUUCUUUUUGUUAAGCAUUCACCCAGUUUCCCCCCCAAAACAAUAUUAGAUUUAAACAAACUUUUAAUCAGCCUAUCACUUCCUUAAGUAAUCCCUCUGGCUAGGAAUAUGGCUUUUGAAUGUAAUUAGGAAGCUAUUGGCCUUCCUCUGUGCCAGGUGUAAUACUGUAUUUUUUUGUCCACCGGCUUUUGAAAGGUACGUUCUUCUAUGCCUCUGCCCCAUCAUUAACGCCUAUGAAGCCGCCACCUGAUUCUUUCUGUCCAAAUAUUGUAUAUGUAUAAGAAUGUAUACAUACAGUUCAUUGCCUUUGUAUCUGGAUUUCCUGAAGAUCUCAAAACUGAAAGCCUAAAUGUAGCCUUUGGGUUGCACUUUGCAGCACGCUAAAACACAUGUCCAAACUUGCAUUAAGUGUGUACCCUGACGGAUCAAUGCUGUAUAAACAUGUUUACUUGGAAGAUUGGCCCAUUGUUUUAAAUGGAACUCACUUCCAAGUAAAUGAAGGUGGACAGGAUCAUAGAAAUAGCUGGACAGGAUUUUAUUUUGCAGAAACCCUUGUGUAGUCUUGUUCAGUUUGUUUUCUUUUGCCCACCUGAACUGCGCAUGUUUAUUCAGAAUAAAGUAACUCCAGCCUGACAUGACUCCAUUUUAAUAUUUAAAAAAAUCUUCCCAG